AUGAAUGGAUACGUGCGGUGCGUGAACUCCCAGAAGUGCAUCCGUGUCGGCGGUAAGCACUGCGAUCUCAGUGCCGUUGGAACCGAUGGCAGACACCACACAUUCUUCGAGAUGUUGGGCAACUGGUCUUUCGGUGACUAUUAUAAAAAAGAGUCGUGUCGUAUGGCAUGGGAUCUGUUGACUGAAGUCUUCAAAUUAGAUGUCAACCGAUUGGUUGUCACAUACUUUGGUGGAGACAAACACUUGGGUUUGGAACCAGACUUCGAAACCCGUGAUAUUUGGCUUCAAAUUGGAUUACCUGAAGACCGAGUCAUACCUUUGGGAUCAAAGGAGAACUUCUGGGAAAUGGGGGAAACGGGUCCGUGCGAAACACUUCAUAAGCAUUUCGUUGACACCGGAAUGGGUUUAGAAAGGAUUGUAUCAGUGGUUCAAAAUGUCAAAUCCAAUUACGAGACCGACCUCUUCCUGCCUUACUUUCAAUGCAUACAAAAUAAUAGUCGCAGCAAACCGUAUGGUCAUCAGACUGACGAUCCACUGGACAUAUCGUAUCGCAUUCUCGCAGAUCACUCACGAAUGUUCACAAUAGCUAUUAGUGAUGGCCUUAAGACCGGUUAUAGGGGAACGGGAUUUAUAUUAAGGAAAAUUAUUAGGAAAUCUAUUGGAAUCGCUGCCAAUGAUUUCGGUAUUUCUAGUCCG